UACCGGCGCCACCACCCCCACGCCGCGUCACUGCUCCCGGGCCCGCCCUUCUGUGGCCCCUCCUCCCCACUCCCCUUCUCCCUCCUCUCCCCCGCCCCUCCGACCGAGCGGUGACUUAAGCAACGGAGCGCGGUGAAGCCCAUUUUUCUCCUUCCUCGCCGCCGCGCCGGGCACCUCGCGGCGCGUGGCCCUCACACUCCGCCCGAGAUGAAUGCUGCGGCAGACGCCGAGUUCAACAUCCUCCUGGCCACCGACUCCUACAAGGUUACUCACUAUAAACAGUACCCACCCAAUACAAGCAAAGUUUAUUCCUACUUUGAAUGCCGUGAAAAGAAGACAGAAAACUCCAAAAUAAAGAAGGUGAAAUACGAGGAAACAGUAUUUUAUGGGUUGCAGUACAUUCUUAAUAAGUACUUAAAAGGUAAAGUAGUGACCAAAGAGAAGAUCCAGGAAGCCAAAGAAGUGUAUAGAGAGCAUUUCCAGGAUGAUGUCUUUAAUGAAAAGGGAUGGAACUACAUUCUUGAGAAAUACGAUGGGCAUCUUCCAAUAGAAAUAAAAGCUGUUCCUGAGGGCUAUGUCAUUCCCCGAGGAAAUGUUCUCUUCACAGUGGAAAACACAGACCCAGAGUGUUACUGGCUUACAAAUUGGAUUGAGACUAUUCUUGUUCAGUCCUGGUAUCCAAUCACAGUGGCCACAAAUUCUAGAGAGCAGAAGAAAAUAUUGGCCAAAUAUUUGCUGGAGACAUCUGGUAACUUAAAUGGUCUGGAAUACAAGUUACAUGAUUUUGGCUACAGAGGAGUUUCUUCCCAAGAGACUGCUGGCAUAGGAGCAUCUGCUCAUUUGGUUAACUUCAAAGGAACAGAUACAGUAGCAGGAAUUGCUUUUGUUAAAAAAUACUAUGGAACAAGAGAUCCUGUUCCAGGCUAUUCUGUUCCAGCAGCAGAACACAGUACCAUAACAGCCUGGGGGAAAGACCGUGAAAAAGAUGCUUUUGAACAUAUAGUAACACAGUUUUCAUCAGUGCCUGUAUCUGUGGUCAGCGAUAGCUAUGACAUUUACAACGCAUGUGAAAAAAUAUGGGGUGAAGACCUAAGACAUUUAAUACUGUCAAGAAGUACAGAGGCACCACUAAUAAUCAGACCCGAUUCUGGAAAUCCUCUGGACACUGUAUUGAAGGUUUUGGAUAUUUUGGGUAAGAAGUUCCCUGUUACUGAGAACGCAAAGGGCUACAAGUUGCUGCCACCCUAUCUUAGAAUUAUUCAAGGGGAUGGAGUAGAUAUUAAUACCUUACAAGAGAUUGUAGAAGGCAUGAAGCAAAAAAAAUGGAGUAUUGAAAACAUUGCCUUUGGUUCUGGUGGAGCUUUGCUACAGAAGUUAACGAGAGAUCUCUUGAAUUGUUCCUUCAAGUGUAGUUAUGUUGUAACCAAUGGCCUUGGGAUUAAUGUCUUCAAGGACCCAGUUGCUGAUCCCAACAAAAGAUCCAAAAAAGGUCGAUUAUCUUUACACCGGACACCAGCAGGGAAUUUUGUUACACUUGAGGAAGGAAAAGGAGACCUUGAGGAAUAUGGUCAUGAUCUUCUCCAUACUGUCUUCAAGAAUGGGAAGGUGACAAAAAGCUAUUCAUUUGAUGAAAUAAGAAAAAAUGCAGAGCUGAAUAUCGAACUGGAAGUAGCACCUCAUUAGGCUUUACGAGUGGGGGUGUGUGCUCACCUGAGUGUGUGUGUACGUGCAUUCACGCACGUGGACACCUGUGUGUAUGUAAUAAUGUUUAUUGUACAGAUGUGUGGGGGUUUCUUUAUGUUUUAUGAUACAUUACAGCCAAAUUAUUUGUUGGUUUAUGGACAUACUGCCCUUUCGUUUUUUUUUUUCCAGUGUUUAGGUGAUCUCAAAUUAGGAAAUGCACUUAACCAUGUAAAAGAUUAAUGCUAAGGCAAGCUUUUUAGGGCCCUUUGCCAAUAGAUAGUAAUUCAAUCUGGUAUUGAUCUUUUCACAAAUAACAGAAUCCAGAAACUUUUAUAUAUAACUGAAGAUCACAUAAAACAGAUUUGCAUAAAAUUAUCAUUGAUUGCUUUAUGUUUAUAUUUAACUUGUAUUUUUGUACAAACAAGAUUGUGUAAGAUAUAUUUAAAGUUUCAGUGAUUUAACAGUCUUUCCAACUUUUCAUGAUUUUUAUGAGCACAGACUUUCAAGAAAAUACUUGAAAUAAAUUACAUUGCCUUUUUGUCCAUUAAUCAGCAAAUAAAACAUGGCCUUAACAGAGCUGUUUAUGUUAUUGUACAAUUUGAAAAUUAUGUUGGGACAUACCCUAUAGAAUUACUAACCUCACUGCCCCUUGUAGAAUAUGUAUUAAUCGUUCUACAUUAAAGAAAAUAAUGGUUCUUACUGGAAUGUCUAGGCACUGUACAGUGAUUAUAUAUGUUGGUCAUUGUAUUGUACCAGUGAAAUGCCAAAUUUGAAGGCCUGUACUGCAGUUUUAUAUGUCAGAUAUUGCCUGUGGCUCUAACAUGCACCUCAAGAUUUUAAGGAGAUGUUUUUAGAGAGAAUUUCUGCUUCCACGAUAGAAUAUAUACAUAAAUGUAAAAUAUUAACAAAAGUGGAAGUAGUGUAUUUUAAAUUACACUUCUGAAUUUAUUUUUCCUAUUCUAUAGCUGAUACGACUUAAAUGAAUUACUGGAAUGGGUAGUGAGUGUACUUAUUUUAAAUGUUUUGAUUCUGUUAUAUUUUUCAUUAAGUUUUUUAAAAAUUAAAUUGGAUAUUAAAUUGUAUGGACAUCAUUUAUUAAUUUUAAACUGAAUCCCUCAAUAAAUGCGCAAGCAAGUUCUUAAAUGAGGAUAAAUUAAAGCAUGAUGAACAUGAGUUUGAAGAGAAGAAUCUUAACCAAGAGUAGUAAGUUGGCUACAUUCAAAGUGUUCAACAUCAAAAAUGUUUUAGAGUGAUUAACUGCUAGAUUCUGAGUCAGUCAUCACAUCUGACAAGAGACCAGUUUUGUUUUAAUGAUUCUUUUCUAUUUACGUCUGUUCUAAGGAAGUUGGCCAACUGUGGCCAAAUUCAGAUUGCUUUCGUUUUUAUAAUAAAUACCUGUUGUCUAUGA